AGAUACAGGACUGUGAGCCGGUGUCUAUAGACUGCUCGUGUCCACUCGCUCCAUUACUCGCUGCAUGCUACUCUACUUUCCCCAUUCCCACAGUGAGCACCAAAGAAGAGCUCUGCACCUGCUCUGCAGACACCUUCCAGCAUGGAUGCGUUAAAAUCCGCCGGGAGAGCAAUAAUCAAAAGUCCUGGAGUUCCGCGGCACACAUGGGGAACGUCCAAGCAUGAGAAGCUCCCAGAGAACUGGACGGACACCAAAGAGACACUCUUGGAAGGGAUGGUGUUCAACGUGAAGUAUCUGGGCAUGACUCUGGUUAGCCAGCCUAAAGGAGAAGACAUGGCAGCGGCUGCUAUCAGGAGGAUCGUAGCCACGGCUCGGGCCAGUGCAAAGAAGUUUCGGAAAGUGACCCUCACUGUCUCCCCCAAAGGAAUCAUCAUCUCAGACACUGAGACCAAUGACCUCAUCGAGGACGUUUCCAUUUACAGAAUAUCUUACUGCACAACAGACAAAACUCAGGAUAAGGUCUUUGCCUACGUCUCCCAAAGCCAGUUCAACGAAACUCUGGAGUGCCAUGCCUUCCUGUGCCAAAAAAAGAAAAUAGCUCAGGCUGUGACUCUGACAGUUGCACAAGCUUUCAAAGUAGCUCUGGAUCUGUGGGAGAUCGCACAGGAAGACAAAAGUAAGAAAACCCGCACAUGCUACACCUGUUCAGACCCUGAAUCUCAGCCUGAAUUUGAAGCAAACAGUGUUUCAGAGGAGGAGAAGACUCAGGCUCUGAUGGAGCACAAACUUAGGAAGCCCUUCUUCCCUUCCUUCCUUUCACCAUCUCCACGCAGCAAAGCUAGGAGACGACCAAUCAAACAUGACUCCUGGGAUGCGGAAGAUGGCCUCGAUGAUGCGUUUUCAAGCAAUAUGGAGGUGGAGGAGAUGGACGCAGACUGGCAACAUCCCGCAGCAGAACCGUGUCUGAGGAUGCAGCUGUGAGUCCAGCGGAAGAAGAUCCCCUGUCCUUCAGCAGCGAGGACUCAGACUGAACACACACACACACACAAAUCACUCUCACCAGCCUAUCAGAAAGUGUCCUGAACACACAACACACCCCAGCACCGCACACAACGUGCAACUUAUGCCUCAGUGAUGGACUCAUUCACACAACUGCCACUUAAAACAGCAACAAUACCACAAAACAGCAGCAUAGACGUGCAUGAUUCAACUAUAGAACUCUUGAAUGCCAAUGUACUUGCAUUAUAAUACUGUAAGUUCAGGGUAAGUACUUGACAAUACAACAUGUGUGAAACUGCAUGUUGUUAUAUUGUAUUCAAGCGUUUGUGUAAGUAGAUUUGCUACAUAUACCAUGUAAAAACUGUAAAUCUUUUCAACACAUUGGUGCUAUAUUGUAGAUACUUGGGUUAUAUUAUUUAAAUAUACAAUAACUGCAAACAUGUACUUGAAAGGGAGACCAAAUGUACAUUCCACAAAGAACAGAUGUCUGUCCUUCAGCCCAGCGUUCUUCAAAUCAACUGAACAAUCCACUGCAAAGCUCUCAGACGAGUGUGAUUAAACAUCAGAGGAUAUACAAUACUAGAGCCGCAUGUGUUUGGGAGUUUUAGUGAACGUUUAAGGAUGUAGAAUUGUUCAGGACUGACAUUCUGAAGCACUGUAAUUAAAUUUCAGAUACAUAUUGUGUGUCAGGGUGACGUUUGCUUAAGCAAUCAUUACAGAAACUCUUUUCUGUGAUCAUUACAUUUUGAAAUAUUUUACAAAGGCCUCAAAACACUUCAGAAUUUCUUUCUUCUUUAGGAUUCAAAAUAGUCUUGUGUAAAAUCCUUUCACACUGG